UUGUUUGGACAACACUGGAAGAAAGAACGUUUCCCUUUCUCUACUCUCUCCACUUCCCUCUUCAGAGCCACAGCCUGGCCUGGGACUUCAUCUCAGGUUGCCAGGGCAGCUAAAGCAUAACUUAGCCCUCCAUGGAUCUGCCUUACUACCAUGGCCAGCUGACCAAGAGAGAGUGUGAAACCCUGCUCCUCAAGGGAGGGCUGGAUGGCAACUUUCUGAUAAGAGACAGCGAGUCCGUGCCAGGAGUCCUGUGCCUCUGUGUCUCGUUUAAAAAGUUUGUCUACACCUACCGAAUCUUCAGAGAGAAACAUGGAUAUUACAAGAUACAGACGGCGGAAGGUGUUCCAAGGCAGAUCUUUCCAAACCUAGAAGAAUUAGUCUCCAAAUAUGAGAAGCCGGGCCAAGGACUGGUGGUUCACCUUUCAAAGCCAAUAAUGAGAAACAGCUUCUGCCAGAGAGGGAGAAGAGUGAAGUCAGAGCCGAAUGUUUACGAGAACACUGACAAGGACUAUGUGGAUAUCUUGCCUUGAGGACAAGGACAUGGGACAAAAACAAGCUAGACGAGAGAUGGCUGGGCUCUCAGUGUCCAUCUAAAUCGCCAAUUUCUAGCAGGUCUCUGAGACCCUCCUGAUCUGGGUAGUGGGAUCUUCUCUACUGCAACCUUGGAGAAGUCACUUUCUGCAUGCCUGCCUUCUGGCACACUCACAAGAAGCUAUAAAGCCACCACUCACCUGUCACUCUCCUGUCUUGGAAUUGGAUGGCCAGAAUCCAGUCUUCUGACUGGUCAGAGGCACCGCCACUGGACCCCAGUUGAUGGCAUCUAAGGACAAUGGGAAGGACAGCUUCAUAGAGAGGAGAGAAUACUCAGCAGUCUGUGACUUUGGACAACACACCCUCUCUAGUGUGGUUGAGUGGUUGAUACACACUAACCUGGACCCUCUCUUGAGCCUGGUUGUCCCAGGUGGAGCUGGGGUCUGAGCAGAGGAAUCAAGGUCUAAGGAUACUGAAGAAGCAAACAUGUCCUCCACCUGUGCAGGUCUUGGUCCUGAUGAGGGCUGUGACCCAUCCAUGUUUCCUUUCCUUUCAGUUUGGGCUAGUCCCAUCUCUUCUUUCUAAGGCUGGCUUUCUGCCAGACAUUCCUAUGGCCACAGUUUUUCCUAAUUCUACAUAUGCAGCAACCACUUUACCAGCUCUGCCUUCUGAUAAACGUGAUAAAAAUAUUUAUUUUAUUAUUUUUUUGGUUAGCAUACAGAGAAAUGGGUUUCAUUUCAACCUUUUUGUACCCUAUAAAUCAUUAUACUCUGGGAUUUUUGUUUGUUGUUGUUUCUCGCUCCUUUUUUUUUUUCUGAGACAGAAUCUCAGUCUAUCCUCAAGCCAGCCUCAAACUCAAACCUCCUCAGUGCUGGGAUUACAGGCACAAGUGAUCAUAUGUGGGCAAUACUUUCUUCUUUCUUAACCUUCCUUUGUACUGUUCCAUCCUUCCCUCCUUGCUGGAGCCCUCCUGUCCCCAAAGAGAACCCCUUCUGCCCAUAUUCCAUUGCCUUCUCUGUUCUUCCUCCCGCCUCAUCGUCCAAUUUCUGAACUUCCGUGCCCUCCAUAUAUAUUUAUAUUUAAAUCUUGAUUUUACAUAUGAGAAAAAUGUGGUUGGUCCCCUUCUGAAUCUGAUAAAUUUCACUUAACAUAAUGACCUUCAGGACUGUGCAUUUUUUGUGUGUAAAUGCUCUAGGUUCAUUGUUCUAAUUCCAUUGUGCAUGUGUACCAACGUGCGGCUAUUUUAAAGAUGUUCUCGCAUGGGUGUUUCUAUUCCUGCCUACGUUCUAAGUGCCAUCAGAGCAUAGAUGUGCCCCCCCUUGUGGAAACAUGAUGCACAGAGCUAUGCCCUCUCUGCACAUAGGAAUUAUGGACUGAAAGCAUUUUUUUUUUUUCCUGAAGGAUUGGAUGAGUUGACUUUAAGGCCUCUUGAAUUUUUCUGCUGGUUCAAAAAUGUUAAACCAAGCUGGACAUGUAGCUCAGCAGUA